AUGGCUAAAAGCUUUCGUCUUAAAUUUCCUCCAAAUUUGCUUAAACAUAAAAAAGAAAAGAUUUUAGCCGAGCUUUUAGCCAUUAGAUUAAGAGAAUGUUUGAGAAAGCAACGUGGUAAUUAUUGGAUGAGAAUGGAAAAAAGAUUGUUACAAAAUGAAAAGGAAAAUGGAGGAGAAGAAAAUAAUGAAAGAGGAAUCAAUGGAGAAGACAGAAAUGAAUGCCGAGAAGGUCUCGUUCAGGAACAGAUAGCCUGUAUGAACGUUUAUGCCUUCUCUUGCCAAUUUAUACAGCCAAGUUUUCCAUUCCGUCUUGUACCUACCCGCAUAAUUGUUCAAGAAGCAAGGCUUGCAGAGGAUGGAGCAGAAAAAUGCAAAAAAUUUGUUGGAAUACAAACAGCUGUUCAAAGAAAUUUAAAAAGAAGACAACAAGUAGCACAAAAAAGAAAUUUAAUUAGUAGUUGA